GCUGAGUCAAGGAUGGCUCCUGGGACUGGCUGGGGUAACUUCAGAUCUCCAAUCAGCGGGCCCCUCUGGUCCUUGUCCCCCCGCCCUCCUGCCAGGGGGUCUUCCAGGCUCCUUGCAUGCCUCCAGUGAGCACCUGCUCCCCACUCCCUCGCAUCUUCACAAACAGGCCAGCUCCCAGCCCAUCCGCAGUAGUCAGGGUGGUUGCCACAGCAAUUGACAUCAGCGAUCUGGUCCCCGAGGAGCCUGUCACCCUCCCGCCUGCCCGCAGUGCCUCCAUUACCGCUUCUUCGAGGAGUGGAGAGGAGGCAUUUGGGGACUCCCACCCUCAUACACACCCUGUUUUGAGGACUGGGUGGAGCUGGGAAGGGCCAGUGGCCAAGAGGGGAGGGUGGAAGGGUAGGCGGGGCCCCUGUGGCGGCUUUGGCAGCGAGGCCCCAGCCCAUUCGCUUCCUGGACGGCGGCAGCGGCGGCAGCAGCACCGGGCCAUGGCAGAGGACGGGCCGAAGCAGCCACAGCUUAGCAUGCCACUGGUCCUGGACGAGGCGCUGACCAAGCAGAUGCGGCUGCGCGUGGAGAGCCUGAAGCACCGUGGGGAGAAGCGCCAGGACGGCGAGAAGCUGCUGCGGCCGGCCGAGUCCGUGUACCGCCUCGACUUCACCCAGCAGCAGAAGCUGCAGUUCGAGCGCUGGGACGUGGUGCUGAGCAAGCCGGGCAAGGUCACCAUCACGGGCACCUCCCAGAACUGGACGCCUGACCUCACCAACCUCAUGACGCGCCAGCUGCUGGACCCCGCUGCCAUCUUCUGGCGCAAGGAGGACUCGGAUGCCGUGGACUGGAACGAGGCCGACGCCCUGGAGUUUGGGGAGCGCCUGUCGGAACUGGCCAAGAUCCGCAAGGUCAUGUACUUCCUCAUCACCUUCGGCGAGGGCGUGGAGCCCACCGACCUCAAGGCCUCCGUGGUCUUCAACCAGUUCUGAUGGCAGCUGCCCACUGCUGCCCCCUCCUCUCGCCCACCUUCCCUGUCCCCUGCCUCUGCCCCCUGCCCCCGGGUGUGUAUUUGGGGACAUUUCUCUAGUUGCUGGCCUGUGCUCUUCCUCCUCCCUUUCCCCUGGUGCUGGCGCCCCAGCUCGGGGAGGAGAUGCGAAGUCUGUAGUCUAGAAGCCGAACCGGCUGCUGCUGCUGCUGCUGCUGCUGCUGCUGCUGCUGCUGUAGAGACCAGGUCGGGGCGAGUGGGGCCG